GCGAAGUUCAACGUUUUGGAGAUUCAUGAACAUUUUGAAACGUUUCUUGACAAACGCGAACACGCGAUCGAGUGUCUGGAAGGGGUUCGAAGUAGUUUGAAGCUUCAAGCUCUUGGCGAGGAACCGCAAAUUCCAGGAGCUUCUUUGAUUUACAUGCAAGAUCACCAGAUGGAUCUUAGCAAAGCUGUCAACCGCUUGGGAUUUCAACUCGUCUCUAUUUGGGAUUCAUUCACCAAGCUAAUUGCAUCAUUAUAUCCCUACUUGGUCCCAAACUGUCGUAGCAUUUGGGACGAUGCAAAAGAAGUUCGUCGCGAAAUGUGCGCAGCGAUGGAAGCUGCGGAAUCCGGAGUAGGGUUUCCGGAUUUUGACUGGACGGACGAAGGGAAGCGG